GUUAUUAAAUUUGAGUUGUAAGUGGAAUAUCUUAAGGGAAUCAAGAUGGUGUUUCUACGUGUUAGGCUGAUGCAAGUUGAUAAAGGUGUUGCUAAUGUAUUACCUGAAGGAGGGAUCUUCGAUCCGUACUGUGCUAUCAAUGUCAAACAAAAGGAAAAAACUGCAAGUGGAGGAUACCAACUGGUACAAAAGAAGAAAACUGUUUUUCCUGAAUGGAAUAAAUGCUUUGACUCGCAUCUUUAUGAGGGGCGUGUCAUUCAGAUAAUUGUCAUGACUAAACCAAAUAAAUUUCUGGCUGAGUGUUCAGUUCCAAUACAUGACUUAGCUGAUUGCUGCAACGAGGAUGGCGAGGUCAAAACUGUUUGGUUGGAUCUUAAACCAUCUGGACGAAUACAAGUGCAACUUAAAUGUUUUUCUGAAGGCCCAGAAGUGGAUCCCAUGAUUCAGAGUGUUCAUGGACAGGCUUCAUCCAACCAAGAUGAGAAAAAUAUGAAAGGAUUAACUCACCGCCGCGGUGCUGUUCGACAGGCCAAGAUACACGAGCACAGGGGACACAAAUUUCAAGGACACUAUUUUAGACAGCCAACUUACUGUUCUUUAUGCAGCGAGUUUAUAUGGGGUGUGGUUGGCAAGCAAGGAUAUAUGUGUUUGGUUCCUUGUUAUAGAAAGCAAGCUGGUAGCAAACAACAUUCCCAUGACGAACAUGUGAUUGGUGAACCAGAUUCCGAUGAAGAUGACGAGGGUGUGUAUGAACCCAUGUGGGAGGUAUCAUCACCAGGAGGAGGAGGAGGGGUAACAGCACCGGUCCAACAGCCAGCUACACUACCUACUAGGACUUACAGAAUAGAAGAAUUCCAUCUUCAGAAAGUUUUAGGAAAAGGUAGUUUUGGCAAGGUAAUGCUAGCUCAGCUAAAGGGAACACAGAAAUAUUUUGCCAUCAAAGCACUAAAAAAAGAUGUUGUAUUGGAAGACGAUGAUAUAGAAUGUACAAUGGUGGAACGUCAAGUGUUGGGACUUGCUUGGCAUCAUCCAUUUCUCACCCAUCUCUUUUGUACAUUCCAAAGCAAGGAUCAUUUAUUUUUUGUGAUGGAAUACCUAAAUGGUGGCGAUCUCAUGUUUCACAUUCAGCAAUCUUUGAAAUUUGAUGAGAAACGAGCAAGAUUCUAUGGAGCUGAAAUUAUCUGCGGGCUUCAGUUUCUGCAUCAACGCGGCAUCAUAUACCGUGAUUUAAAGUUGGACAACGUUCUGCUUGACAAGGAUGGACACAUCAAGAUUGCUGACUUUGGCAUGUGUAAGCAGAACAUAGCAGGAGACAGCAAGGCAACUACAUUCUGUGGUACUCCUGAUUACAUUGCACCGGAGAUUCUUCGUGGUCAAAAAUAUGGCUCGUCGGUGGAUUGGUGGUCAUUCGGGGUUCUGUUAUAUGAGAUGUUGAUUGGGCAGUCUCCAUUCCAUGGUGAUGAUGAGGACCAGUUGUUUGACUCAAUUUUGCAUGAUGCACCAUACUAUCCCAAGUGGCUGGGUGAUGAUGCUCUCAAAUGUAUUAGUAAGCUUCUUGACCGAGAACCAACCCAACGUCUUGGCGUUAAAGAGAACAUUAGAACUCACCUGUUCUUUCGUUCAAUGGAUUUCAGCCGACUGGAGAAACGAGAGAUCCCACCUCCAUUCAAGCCUAAAAUUAAAUCAGCUUCAGAUGCAAGUAACUUUGAUCCAGAAUUUACGAUGGAGAAAGUUCAGCUGACACCAACAGAUAAGAAAAUAGUUGACUCAAUUAACCAGAAGCAAUUCAGAGGAUUUUCAUUCACAAAUCCACAAAUGAUGUGAGAAGGUCAAACCUGGUGUUUUUUAUUCAUUGGUUUGUGAUAUACAAUAUGUAAGGAUACCAACCAAAACUAUAAUCUAUAGAUUGUAUCAUAUAUAUUUCAUAGGCUCUCCUGAGAUGUAGAAACAAACUGUAUUGUAUUUAUACUGGUUCACCUGAAAGCUCUAUUUAGUAAAUUCAAAAGUUUAAAUACAAUUGUUUUCAAAACUGAUUUUAUAAUAAUUCUUGCUGGAAUGAUUGUAUAAUGAAAGACUUGUAUAGUGAUUCUGAACAUUUUUUGUAUACCUUCAUUUCUGUGUGUGUUGAUAGUAUUCAUGAGUUGAGUGUCUAUAAGAUCACAUAUGUUACCUAGCAGUGCAAAAUGAGAUUAGUUCUUGAUCAAAUGUUUACAUUUUUAAUAGUUUGGUUGGCAUGAUUCAUGCUGGCUAAACAUAUUGUACUACCUCUCAGGUUUGCCCAUUUUACAAACAAAAAUAACACUUUCUUUAUAUUUUUAUAUCUUUCUACAAACUAUAGAGAUGAAAUAAUUGGUAGUUUUGAAUACUGAUAACCACCCAUUUCCUAAGCCAUCUCUUCAUUUUAUGAUAAUCUUCUCUAUGCAGUACAGUAUUUUUAUCAUAUAUUUAAAGGCUUGUAUAUAUUUUGUUGAUAAUUUUGUUAUUUUUCUGUGAUUGUAGAACUAGAAAUAUUACUGUAAUCACUGAAGAGUGAUGUAUUUCUGGUGCAAAAAGCACACAUUUAUUAGUGUGAAAGAAAUAAAGGAGCUAGCCCACUUAAGCAGAUACAUUGCACAGGAACAUUGGGAAGUGUUGUGGUUUAGGGACCUCCUUUUUACAGAGUAGAAAUAUAAUUAGAAUUAAAAUAUAUGAGGAGAAAAUCCCCUUUUGGACACAUUUAUUAUUCAGGGAUCGAUGCUAAUGUUGCAGACCCUGGCAAAAACAUAUUUAUAGAAAUUAAUAUAUUUUAGAAUCCAUAAAAUGUUAGUCCUUUUUUUAUAUACGAUACAGUAAUACUUGGUGGCCUGAUGUAUUUGAAUGCGACUGAAUUUACUUGACUACUUAAAAUAGAUUAUGUUGGUAUCUCCCAUUCAGCUUGUAUAUAAUUAAACCAGAUUCAAUACUUUUCUACAAGAACAAUUGACAUAACAUGGAGAUUGCAAUAUCUAAAUUAUUCACCAUCAGUUGUCUUAUACAUAGUGUGGUCUGAAGUCACAAGUAUAUGUUUCUAAUCUUGUCACUAACUAAAGUGUCCAUCAUUCAAUUUAUUGUUUGUUUUUAUUUAACAUUUUGAUUUAAAUUAUUAAUACCAU